AUUACUCCGUCCCAAGCCCGGUAGCCCCUAUUUGGGGUGAGGGUAAGCCCUAACGGAGGAUCUCUGGGCCAGCAGGGGAAUGAAAACGGCUUUUUUCGGCCGUUUGGUGCCCGCGGGCCUCCGAUGCCCCAGUUCUGAAAUGAUCUGCGCUGUCUUUUGCGUUUUUCACUCGAACUUCGAAAACAUCAUGGCUGUCUUGUCCUCCUCCUCCAAUCUCCUGCUCCUUCUCCUAAUUUCUUUCCUGGAUUGGCUGUCGACUCCAGGAUCUGCAUUUGUCACGGGCCGGGACCACGUGACGUCAUCAGCCCCCGUUGAACCUCACAUCACAGAGUGCACAUCGAGGAACCAGGAGACUUUCCGAUGUUGGUGGAGUCCAGGGAACUUCCACAACCUGUCCUCCCCUGGAACACUCAGAUUAUUCUACCUUAAGAAAGUCAUGCCCACCAGUGAAUGGAAAGAGUGUCCAGAGUACAUUUAUUCAAAUAGGGAGUGCUUCUUUGAUAUGAACCACACAUCUAUUUGGAUCCCCUACUGCCUGCAGCUCCGCAGCCAAAACCUCACCUAUUUCAAUGAGGAUGACUGUUUCACUGUGGAGAAUAUCGUACAUCCUGACCCACCAGUGUCUUUAAACUGGACCCUGCUGGAAAUAAGUCCCUCUGGGCUAAGUUACGAUGUCAUGGUCAACUGGGAGCCCCCACCCUCUGCAGACGUAGAGACGGGCUGGAUGCGCAUUGAGUAUGAGAUCCAGUACAGAGAGAGAAAUUCCACAAACUGGGAAGCAUUGGAGAUUCAGCCGCAAACCCAGCAGACGAUCUACGGUCUGCACAUAGGAGAAGAGUACGAAGUGCACAUCCGCUGCAGGAUGCAGGCCUUCACUAAGUUUGGCGAGUUCAGCGACUCCAUCUUCAUUCAAGUGACGGAGAUUGCCAGCAAAGAGUCUACUUUCCCACUCACACUGGUUGUUCUUUUCGGGAUCGUGGGCAUCCUCAUACUCAUCAUGCUCAUUGUCGUCUCUCAGCAGCACAGAUUGAUGUUGAUUCUUCUGCCACCGGUUCCUGCACCCAAAAUUAAAGGGAUUGAUCCAGAGCUGUUAAAGAAGGGGAAGCUGGACGAGCUGAAUUUCAUCCUGAGUGGUGGAGGUAUGGGUGGCCUACCCACUUAUGCGCAGGAUUUCUACCAAGCCGAGCCAUGGGUGGAGUUCAUAGAGGUGGAGGCUGAGGAUGCAGAUACUGGAGAGAAGAAGGACAACCAGGGCACAGACACCCAGAGGCUGCUAUCCCAACGCAUCAGCCGCCACAUAAACAUAGGUUUUCCUGAUGAUGACUCAGGCCGGUCCAGCUGUUAUAACCCAGAUCUGCCGGACCAGGACACCCUAAUGCUGAUGGCCACCCUGCUGCCAGGCCAACCGGAGGACAGAGAAGCCUCCUUCAAUGCUGUAGAAAGAGCCCCAACCCCAGAAAGAGGCGAGAGGCCCCUGGUCCAAACUCAAACUGAAGGGCCCCAGACUUGGGUCAACACAGACUUCUAUGCGCAAGUCAGCAAUGUGAUGCCCUCUGGGGGCGUGGUACUGUCUCCUGGCCAGCAACUCAGAAUCCAGGAGAGUACCUUAGCCACAGAGGAGAAAACACAAAAGAGGGAAAUAAAGCACAAAUGGAGUGAGGACAUUGAGGACAAUAAUCAGAAGGAGCUGCAGUUUCAGCUGCUGGUGGUGGAUCCAGAAGGAAGCGGCUACACCACAGAGAGCAUCGCCCGGCAAAUCAACACACGCCCUAGCUCCCCCGUGCCUGGCGAGGGUUAUCAAACCAUACACCCUCAGCCGGUGGAGACCAAACCUGGAGCCACAGCAGAGGAUAAUCAAUCGCCUUACAUUCUUCCUGACUCUCCCCAACCCCAGUUCUUUGCCCCUGUUGCAGACUACACAGUUGUACAGGAAGUGGACAGUCAACACAGUCUGCUCCUUAACCCGCCCCCCCGCCAGUCUCCCCCUCCCUGCCCGCCACAGCACCAACUCAAGGCUAUACCUGCUAUGCCUGUAGGGUACAUCACCCCAGACCUGCUGGGGAACCUCUCACCCUAAAAUGGCAAUGCCAUCAGGCCUAUUAAGGACCAUGCAGUCCCUAACAGUCACAAAAGCCCGUUUCUACCUGAAACCAAAUAACUUGCACAGUGUGGAUUAGAGUGAACAGGCGUUUGUUUUCAGGGGGUGCUGAAAAGGGAGAGUUUGAAAAGCUACCAAGGUGGAUUCUUUACUCUUUCACAUCUGCUACAUCACUUAAUUUGAUGCAAAGGCAGCCAGAAGGAAACACCACAAACCUGCUCUAUUUGUGUACAUCCAUGCACAAUACACACAGAUAGUAGGCUGCGACUGUGAUUGCAUUGAGUUAAAAAGCAUUAGCUUACUGCUAAACUAUGUUGGAUCACAUUACACAUCUGGCUAAUUGUGUUUAGAGCAAUGGCAUCGUAGAAGUCUUAAUGUUAAAGAGAGAUGUCAGUGAAUGAUUGAUCGGGAGAAGCACAUUCUAGUCGUGUUUUUCACACCACACCAAGAAGAAGCUGUGAUUAAUACCUCUUGCUGGCUGAGAUGUUUUGCCGCUCUAUUGUGGCUCAUUUUGUAUUCUUCUAUUUGUUAUUACAUCGUGUCAUCUUAUUAGUACUUUAAGGAAAAUCCACCCUAAAAUGCAGUCGAAAACAAAACUAUGCAAUUAUACCUUGCAAUCCUGGCUUUAUUUUAAGUAAUGGUAAGCUGAUGACAUGACCAUGAAUACGUGGCCAAGCGUAGAUUAUAUGAUGUCAAGGUAUUUUUAUCUAUCGACAGCCACAAUAGUUUAAUAGAAGAAAUACUUUCAACAACUGAAAAGAACAUACGGUACAAAUGAGCACACACAUAGUACAUGCAGUAAGUCACUGGGGAAAAACUAUAUAUAGGCAAUCACUAACUGAAGUAAAAGUAGAGGUGACGAAUAACAGGGAAAUCAAACCAUUUUAUCUAAUUCCUGGAAUGCAUUGCACAUUACAGACUGAUAAAACAAUUUGCAGCAUGGAAUCAUUUAUUCCAUUUGAUUCUGACGUGCAUAGCGACAACAUGUUGCUUACAGCCAUUCUUAUGGUAAGAGGAAUCCUUUUAUUCAGAUUCAAACAGUGCUUUAGUAUACUGAGCACCACCAAGUGCCUUGCUCAAGGGCACAUUGAUAUAGUUACACAAAAUACACACCUAGCAGUUAUUUAAUUUUGUCCUGUGACAGCAGCAAAGUCUCACCUGUACAACUAGCACCCAGCCAUAAUCAUGUAAACUAAACCUUAAUGAGUAAGCUUUCUACUUAGGAGUUGUAUUCUUCUCAUGUAGCAUCGUUAUAGCAGGGACUGGAACAAGUUGAAAGACGGUGAAAGUAUUUAAAAGCUGUAAUUAGCUAGUAACAUUUUAUAGUUACUUAAAUACACGUUAUCAACCUGUGCCUAUGAUAAUGUUAUUGGCUUGCCAUUUCUGUGCUAAGGAUCUGUGCAUAUAUGUAUUGUUAUGUACAUGCAAGUGCUGCUAUGUAUAGGUGUUGUAAAGCCUCUCUGUUCACAGAUCCAUGACUAAAAACCUGCACAUGCACGAACACAGUAACAUGCAUGCCUAAAUACACACUACAUCCAAAACAUUUUCCUUUAUUGAAAUUUAAUUUUGCCUUUCUGACGUAGUCAUAAAUAAUGAGAUGAAAAUUGUGGGAGAAAAUGGUGGCAAGGGAGGUCAAUAAAGUAUAAGGUUCACAUUUCGGAUCGUGCUCAUAAAGCUGACCACAAUUUCCAAACCAAAAAUGUUGUUCAGGGCUAGUGCUGAAAGACUUUAAAUUCCAUGUGGCGGUUUGACAGAGCGACAGAUACACACAAAGAUGUAGUAUGCCUUUUGGUCAGGCCUACUAGGUAAUAUGGGGGUAAUUAGGCAUGGAUUCCUAGUUAUUUUGCCCCCAUACCUUUCUUAGAAUAACCACAUUUAGGACAAAACCUUGGGCAGAAUCUGUUGCUUAAUCAUUUAUUUAGUCCGAUUAGCUUGUGGUGUAAGGUUGCCCUUGGUUCAUUGACCGUAUAUGCUUUUUUAUAAUGGCCUGUGUGGGUGAGAGGGUAGCAGAGAAAACCUAUUGUCAGGUUUUUAGGCUCCUCAUAUGUUUUCGUAUUAUGAAUAUAUCAUGGAGACUUUUACAAUAUGCCAAUAACAAACACAGCAGCAUUAUUGUAUAUAAUAAGCUGUCUAAGCCUAGGCUAAUAGAGGUUGCGCGAUAUAUGUGUGUGUGUUAAUUUCAGUUACAGCGAGUCUAUAAUUGAGUCUGAAGUAUUAUUAUUGUGUGACAUCAAGGCAACCUCCAAAAUGAGCACAACACAACAAAACAUCCUUCACCGUGCAAAGGACACACAUCCUGCCUUUGAACAAUGUUGGUGUGGAAUCCUCCUUAAGAUAAGCAGGCCAAGCAGAUAGAAUAGAUAUUUUGUAUUAGACAAUCCAAUAAAGAAGAGAGACAGAGUAAAAUGACAAUUUUAAAAACUGUGAAUAUGAUGCAUAUGUGCCAUUUUUCUCUUUCUGUCUCUCAGAGCUCAGUGUCCUGUUGUUGCUGCCUAGUGCUGAUGAUACCAGCAAUGCAAUGCUGUUGCAGAAAUGUCUUAAUAUAUUUGCUAGUGCUGUAAAAUUACAAGUAUAUAUAUUUUUAUGUCAAUAAUGUUACUAAUCACAAUAUGUUGCUGCUCAGUACAUGUAUAUUUCCUGCAUUUAGCCUUGCUGUAGUGGGAAGGGAAAGAAGAGAGAGAGAGAGAGAGUACAUCGAUCUAUGUGUUGUGUGUAUUUUUUGGUGAUAAAAACCUGCAAAUUAGAUGAUUCUGAAAAUGUUUUGCCUGGGAGAAAUGGAAAAGGUUUGUUUCGGCUAUUUGAUCAGUCAUCAGAGCAACAAUAAAACCGUUUUUGCCCCAAAUGUGAUAUAUAGUCACCUAAUCAUGCUCAUCCAACGUUCUGUGUUCCAACCCAUCCAAAGAUCCCCACAAGGCUUUCUGUGUACAUGAAGGAAGAUUAGAUAAUGGGGUGG